CCAUCGACCCAUGGUUGCUAAGGUUAUUUUCACGCCGCACAACAAACAUGCUCGUUGCCAUGCUCAUGUCUUUUCUGAACUGUGCUUAGUCCGUUGCACUCGCUUCUUGCUCACAUAUCCCGCUCGAAUUCACAUUGCUUAGGUUUUAAGCAUGUUUAAAAACACAUUUCAGAGUGGGUUUUUGUCGAUACUGUACAGCAUCGGAAGCAAACCACUUCAAAUCUGGGACAAGAAGGUUAGAAAUGGUCACAUCAAAAGGAUCACGGACAACGAUAUCCAGUCCUUCGUGCUCGAAAUACUGGGCACAAACGUCAGCACAACUUUCAUCACGUGCCCCGCCGAUCCUCGAAAGACGUUGGGCAUCCGACUUCCUUUUCUCAUCAUGAUUGUCAAGAAUAUGAAGAAAUAUUUCACAUUUGAAGUUCAGAUCUUGGAUGACAAGAAUGUUCGUCGGCGCUUCCGAGCAAGCAACUUCCAAAGCACAACGAGGGUAAAGCCCUUUAUCUGUACUAUGCCAAUGCGUUUGGAUGAAGGCUGGAACCAAAUUCAAUUCAACUUGGCCGACUUCACACGCCGCGCCUAUGGGACGAGCUAUGUGGAAACAUUGAGAGUACAGAUCCAUGCAAACUGCCGUAUCCGGCGAGUGUACUUUGCGGACCGCCUCUAUGAAGAUGAGCUGCCUGCAGAGUUCAAGCUGUACCUGCCAGUGCAAGCUAGAGCUAAAGUUUGAAGUUCUUUUCAAUGACCAUUACAGUCACAUCCUCAUGUACAGCUCUCAUUUCACCAUUUUUUUUUAAACACAUGUACGUUAGUACCUCUUGA